CCUCCUCCUCCUUGGGUGUCUUCCCAGUCUAGUGUGGUCCAGGUGGUCCUGGCUGGGUGGAGAGAUGCUGCAGUGGACUUGCUGGUACUAAGAAAAAGAGAAGAACAAGACUUGAGAUGGAGAAGAGAACAUCCACAUAGCUUCUUCCUCCUCCUCUUCCUCUUCUGAUCACUUUUUGGGAGAUUCUUCUUCUUUUUCUUCUUCGUCCUGCAGGAUGACUUCCUUCCCAGCCCUGCUGGCCAUCUACGCCCUCGUGGCGCUAGCGACGGCGGCAUCAAAGAGCGAGCGGGCGGUGCAGCUGCCCUGCGACUCGGGCCAGUACACCAAGGAUGGCGAGUGCUGCAUGGAGUGCCCGCCCGGGGAGGGCGUGGUCCGGCCGUGCGGCGCCAAGCAGACCGUCUGCGCGCAGUGCCUUGAUAGCGAGACCUUCUCGGAGAACUACAGCCACACGGAGCAGUGCCAGCCCUGCACGCAGUGCACGGGCCUCAUGCGCAUGGAGACGCCGUGCACCGACUCCAACGACGCCAUCUGCGUGUGCCGCUACAACUUCUACCUGGACGGCGUGUCGGGCCGCUGCGAGCCGUGCACCGUCUGCCUCGCCGGCCACGGCGUGUUCGAGCACUGCAUGCACGAACACGACACCGUGUGCGAGGAGUGCGAGGACUACACCUUCUCGGACCGCGAGAGCUCCCUAGACCCCUGCCUGCCCUGCACCAUCUGCGACGACGAGACCGAGGUCCAGCUGGCCCACUGCACGCCCGUCAGCGACUCCGUCUGCCACAACCCUCUCCUGCCCACCUACUUCCCGUCAACCUCCUUCGAGACUGACCCGACGUCGACCACCUUCACCGACUACUUCCUCCCCGACGGCUCCGACGGCCCGCCGCCUGGAUACGACACUACCACGGCCAGCGCCGGCUCGCCGCGCUACCUGGGCCGCGGCCUCAACGAGAACCUCAUCCCUAUCUCCUGCUCCAUCCUGGCGGCCGUGGUGCUUGUGGGCCUGGUGGCGUACGUUGUUUUUAAGAGGUGGAACAGCUGCAAGCAGAACAAACAGGCGGCUAACAACCGUGCGGCGGCGGCGGCAACAAACAAUCAGACGGUGACGCCCGAGGGUGAGAAGCUGCACAGUGACAGCGGCAUCUCGGUGGACAGUCAAAGUCUUCAGGAACAACAUCAACAACAACAUCAGGCACAGGCGGACAUCCAGGCUGCGCCGCCUCGCUCGCGCACACAGGAACAGAUAGUGGUGAGCGUGGACGGCGGUCCCCAGCCUGUCACGCCUCCUCCUGAAGCGUGAGGAAGAAGACGAGGAAGAAGAAGA